CCCACAGACGUCCGUUGCCGCUACCGUGUGGGAGGGAAAAUGGGGUGCCGAGAUGUAAUUUCAAAAUGCCGCAUUUUUAACACGUGUAAAGAAUAUUUGUUAUUUAAAGCAGUGUACAAAGCACAUGAGUGUCAAAUAAGGUAUUGUAGUGAUCGUUGUGCUACUACAGACACAAAUCGGAUUGUUAAAGGUGCAAGCUCAAGAUUUUCAGCAGUGUACAAUCCAAAGGAUGUUGAGAGUAGCUGGUACAAUUGGUGGGAGAAACAGGGCUAUUUCUUACCGAAUACAGCAGCCACAGCAAAACCAUAUAGCAUGGUUCUUCCUCCUCCAAAUGUGACAGGCAGUUUACACCUUGGUCAUGCCUUAACAUGCACGAUACAAGAUGUGCUGGCACGAUGGCACAGAAUGCUGGGCCAUUCGGUUGUGUGGGUCCCUGGCAUGGACCACGCUGGCAUAGCCACUCAGGUUGUGGUCGAGAAGAAGUUGUGGCAGGAGCAGAAACUGACGAGACACGAUAUUGGCCGCGACAGAUUCAUGGAGGAGGUCUGGCGAUGGAAGGAAGAGAAGGGGAAACUGAUUGCUGCACAGCUUAGAAGGCUGGGACUGUCGCUGGAUUGGUCGAAGGAAAUGUUCACGUUGGACCCAGUGCAGUCAGAAGCUGUCACAGAAGGCUUUGUGCGUCUGUUUGAUGCUGAUCUCAUAUAUAGAGCCAAUUCUCUGGUGAACUGGUCAUGCUGCCUGCAGUCAGCAAUCUCUGAUAUAGAAGUAAACUUCAAGGAAGUGAAAGGAGCCACAGCGAUCAACGUCCCUGGCUACGUGGAACCAGUGGAGUUUGGGGUGCUUACCAACUUUGCAUACAAGCUUUGUGACAGAGACGGAGAGAUUGUGGUAUCCACCACACGACCAGAGACAAUGCUGGGAGACACUGCAGUUGCCGUGCACCCUCUAGAUUCCAGGUACAAGAGUCUGAUUGGCGAACAUGUCUGGCACCCUUUCCGAGAACAGAGAAUCCCUGUCAUCUGUGAUGAUUUUGUUGACCCAGAUCUGGGAACAGGAGCUGUUAAGAUAACCCCGGCACAUGACUCUGUUGAUUUUGAGGUUGGGAAGAGGCAUAACCUGGAAAUGGUUUCCGUUAUCAAUGAAAAAGGGGAACUGAAUGAGAAGUGUGGUGUGUUUUCUAACUUGAAGCGGUUUGAAGGAAGGAAAUGCAUAGUGGAGCAGUUGGCUGCACUGGAUCUGCUGAGAGGGAAGCAGAAUCACACAAUGAAGGUUCCAUUUUGUAGCAGAUCAGGGGAUGUCAUCGAGCUGCUUGUGAAACCUCAGUGGUUUGUUAACGUGAAUGAAAUGGCAUAUCGGGCUCUCAGAGCAGUGCAAGAAGGAGAAUUAAAGAUUGACCCACCCGAGUUCGAGAAAACUUGGUACGAUUGGCUGCAUGAUGUGAGAGACUGGUGUGUGUCUCGUCAGCUGUGGUGGGGGCACCAGAUUCCAGCAUACGAAUGUUCGAGCAUCAUGAACCUCCAGUCGAGUAUCUGGGUCGCAGCUCGAAGUGUUGAUGAGGCGAGACACAAAGCUGCCAGAAGGCUGAAUGUGCUCGAGUCUGACAUCUUGAGUGUACGCCAAGAUGUUGAUGUUCUUGACACCUGGUUCUCCUCAGCCCUCUUCCCAUUUUCGGCUUUGGGCUGGCCAGAAAAGACUGACAAGUAUUACCCCCUGACGCUCAUGGAGACUGGGCAUGACAUACUGUUCUUCUGGGUGGCCCGCAUGGUGAUGCUCGGAGCUCAACUCACAGGGCAGCUGCCAUUUAAGAAUAUUUUGCUGCAUGGAAUUAUCUGUGACUCUCAAGGAAGGAAAAUGUCAAAGAGCCUAGGAAAUGUUGUAUUUCCUGAAGAUAUUAUUUCAGGCAUCUCACUGGAGGACCUGAACCUUCAAGCACACAAACAUUUUGAGUCUGGGUUGCUGUCUGCAUCGGAACUGGAGAAGACGCUAGACGGUCAGAUGAAGAUGUUCCCAAAAGGAAUUGCGGAAUGUGGAGCAGAUGCCCUUAGAUUCACUCUCUGCUCAGCAAACAUUAAAAGUCACUUCAUCACUUUCGAUGUACAGCAGUGCCAUGCAAACAAACUGUUCUGCAACAAGAUAUGGCAAGCCAGCAAAUACACCAGAAUGCAUCUCGAGAGAUUUCCUGCUGCUUUGUGCUGUGACUUGGACACUUCCCGAGGAGACCUUAGUAAAUUGGACAGAUGGAUUCUGAGUCGCUUAGCUCACAUGGUGUCGGAGGUCAACAAGGCGCUGGGCACAUCAGAUUUUCACUUUGCUACGUCAGCCCUGAAGACGUUUCUGUAUAGCGAAUUCUGUGAUAUCUACCUCGAGACCACAAAGCCAGUGGUGAAAGGGCCAGACGUGCAGGCAGCUGUGAUGGCAUGCAGGACAUUGCUCGGUUGCUUAGAUACGGCUAUUCAUGCCCUAAGUCCUUUCAUGCCGUUCGUAACGGAGGAGCUGUACCAACACCUGCCCCACCUCGAGGGCCACCACUGCAGCGAGAGUAUCAUCGUGGCGCCAUAUCCGACAUCCCAACAGUGGGAGGUCUGGAGAGACGUUAACUUGGAAAAUGAAGUCCAGCUUAUGAUAAACAUGAUCAGUGCCGUUCGACGCUUGAAGACAAGACACAGCAUCAGAGAUAAACCAGAAGUUCACAUUGUGACAUCCUCAGCGUUGGAGCAGGAAGUGUACAGCGAGCACUUGCUUGUCAUGAAGGCAUUGGCGGGUUGUGGUGAUAUUGUCUUAUCAGCAUAUGAAUCUCCAGUACAAAGGGACAGCUGCGUGUCUGAGGCUGUGGGACCAAGUGGCUGCGUGCAUCUCGUUGUGAAGGUAGUCUGCUUUGUGUCUGUCCAUGGUCAGCUUUUGUGAUUAUAUUAAUGUGGCAUCUACCAGUAGAGAGGUAGUUAGGUUGGAGGUAAGUACGUAACUAUUACCACAUUUUCUUAAAUACCUCAUGGACUUUUUCCUUGGAAGCCUGAAGUGCAUGUGAGGGAGUGUGCUUCCCUGUGGCCGCAGCAUUCCUGAGCUUGGCAUCUCUCAACCUGUAAAUACAUGUAACUUAAAGGGAGAGAAUCCUAGCUGCAAUGUGCUGUGCCAUCUGUUAUCAUACACUGCGGUCAGCAUACAUGAAAUACAUCAUGUGACACCUCCAUCAGCAUUCCUGGAAGAUUAUUGCAUCUGAAACUGAAUUGGAGCAGACAGUACCAUAUAUAUAUAUAUAUAUGUGUAAAUGUGACCAGAAGGUAGGGUAUGAAUCUUAUUUAUGAUGACUUCUCAUUCUUUGACCGUCUAAGAGUCUGUUUUUCCUUUUGGUUUAUAUUUUAUUUAUGUUUUUCUACCAAGACUGCCUCCGUGGUCUAGUGGUCAGAG